AUGACAGAUGGCCGCUGGCCGCCACCGACAAAGCCGGCGCCAGGCUUGGAGGAGUGGAGACAGCGGCUCGAGGCGGCCUUCCGGCGUUCUGCCACUGCACCGGCCUUGGCAUCGCUGGUCCCAGAAUCCACGAGGGCCUCCUCCUGUUCGGGCCCAGAUGCCCCCGAUGGGUCCUCCAGUGCCUGCGAUCAGCUCGACGAAAGUCCAGACUUUGCGGAAGCUCAGGUGGGCGCGUGUCCGGCGGCUGCGCCAGUGGACACGCAAUGGGAGGAGGACUUCCGUGCUGAGCUCUACCGCUUGGACCUGGAGCGCCUGGAGAGAGAGCAGCGCAUCCAGGCCGAGCAGCUGGAGCAGCUGGAGAGGCUCCCAGGCCUGCAGGAAGGAGAUGGGCCAGAGCUGCAGCGCUGCCGUGAGUCCCUGCUGGCCUUGAGGCAAGCUCACCAGGAGCUUCGUUCGGAGCUUGCUGCGGUCGUGCGAGCCCUCCCGGCACAGCAGGGCGCGACAACAGGUUGCCAGCUGCUGUGA